AUGGCUACACCCUCAUAUUUGGAUUACUGUCAUUCAUGUGAAGAGGCAAAGUACCCAAGCAAGCACCAGAAUUACUGUAUUCCCAAGUCAGUGAACUUCUUUUCUUAUGAAGAACCUUUGGGCAUAAUUUUGACUGGUUUUGCUAUCCUUUUCUGCUUGAUCACGACUCUGGUGCUUGGAAUAUUUCUGAUGCAUCACGAGACGCCCAUCAUCAAAGCCAACAACCGGCACCUCACCUACUCUUUCCUCACCUCCCUGCUGCUCUGCUUUCUGUGUACACUGCUCUUCAUUGGCCAGCCGCACAGGUUGACAUGCCUAAUCCGACAAGCUGCUUUUGGCAUCAUCUUCUCCUUGGCUGUUUCCUGCGUGUUGACCAAGACAGUCAUGGUGGUCUUGGCCUUCAGAGCCACCAAACCUGGAAGCAAGAUUAGGAAGUGGAUGGGGAAGGGACUAGCUAGCACCCUCCUCCUUUUCUGCUGCCUCAUUCAGGCAGGGAUCUGUAUUGCCUGGCUGACAACUGCUUCUCCUUUUCCAGAUAUUGAUCUUCAUUCAGUGGCUGAAGAAAUAAUUCUGGAGUGUAAUGAGGGAUCCUUAACGAUGUUUUACUGUGUCCUGGGCUAUCUGGGCUUCCUGGCCAGUGUCAGCUUUGUGGUGGCUUUUCUUGCCCGAAAGCUCCCGGACAGUUUCAAUGAGGCCAAGUUCAUCACAUUCAGCAUGUUGAUCUUCUGGAGUGUCUGGUUAUCCUUUGUGCCUUCCUACUUGAGCACCAAAGGAAAGUACUUGGUAACUGUGGAGAUCUUUUCCAUCUUAGCCUCCAGUUUUGGACUGCUUGCUUGCAUCUUCUUCCCCAAAUGUUACAUCAUGUUGCUGCAACCCGAGUUGAACAAGAAGGAACAUCUAAUAAGGAGAACAGCUUGA